CGAUUUUUUUGAUAAUAUCUGUAAAUUUAUCAAAUUCGCAGUGAAAAGAGAUCGUCCGCCAUGUGAGGUAAUAUAUUGCCGUGAAUCCUUCUGAUCCGAAUCGGAGAAAUUCAAGCGAAUUUUCGAAUUUUGAGGAAGUUUGGGUGACGAUUUUAAGGUGGGGAGAAGUUAAAAACGUUGUUUAUGGAGCGAUUUGGAGGUAAUUUUGAGAAGAGAGUGGAAGAAUGAAGAAUUUCGAGCUCCGCGGAGAGAUUUGAAGAUAGCUUGCGAUAAUUCAGCGUUAAAGGAUGGCAACUCCAGUGGAACCUCCAAAUGGGGUUAGAACUCCGGGAAAGCACUACUUCUCCAUGUGGCAAACUCUUUUUGAGAUUGAUACAAAGUACGUACCAAUAAAGCCUAUUGGUCGAGGAGCCUAUGGCAUCGUAUGUUCUUCUGUCAACAGGGAAACAAAUGAUAAGGUUGCAAUCAAGAAGAUCCACAAUGCUUUUGAAAACCGUACUGAUGCAUUAAGAACCUUGCGUGAACUGAAGCUUCUUCGGCAUCUCAGACAUGAAAAUGUGAUAGCUCUUAAAGAUGUCAUGCUUCCUAUUCACAAAGGAAGCUUCAAAGAUGUCUACUUAGUUUAUGAGCUUAUGGAUACCGAUUUGCAUCAGAUCAUUAAGUCUUCCCAGGCACUUACGAAUGACCAUUGCCAGUACUUCCUUUUCCAGUUACUACGAGGUUUGAAGUAUCUACACUCAGCAAACAUUCUACACCGUGAUUUGAAACCCGGAAACCUACUCAUCAAUGCAAAUUGUGAUCUCAAAAUAUGUGAUUUCGGGCUUGCACGUACCAACAGCAGUAAAGGCCAGUUCAUGACUGAAUAUGUGGUGACGCGCUGGUAUCGAGCCCCAGAGCUCCUUCUUUGCUGUGAGAACUAUGGGACGUCAAUUGAUGUAUGGUCCGUUGGUUGUAUCUUUGCUGAGCUUCUCGGUAGGAAGCCCAUUUUCCCUGGCACCGAAUGUCUGAACCAGCUCAAGUUAAUUAUCAACAUCCUUGGUAGCCAAAGGGAAGAUGACCUCGAAUUCAUCGACAACCCCAAGGCGAGGAAAUAUAUCAAAUCCCUCCCUUACACCCUCGGCACCCCCUUCACCCGCCUCUACCCACAUGCCAACCCUCUGGCACUUGAUCUGCUGCAGAAAAUGCUCGUCUUCGACCCUUCAAAGAGGAUUAGUGUAACAGAAGCUCUUCAGCACCCUUACAUGUCUCCUCUGUACGACCCGAGAUGUGAUCCUCCAGCUCAGGUCCCGAUCAACCUUGACAUUGACGAGGAUUUAGGGGAAGAGAUGAUUAGGGAAAUGAUGUGGGAGGAAAUUCUGCACUACCAUCCUGAAGGUGCUAGCAGUAUUGGAGUUGGAAUGUAAAAAGCCCGAGCUGAGGCUUUAGCCAGGUAUUUUGCUUUAAAUGUUACCGAUGUUUGUGUUAGUAUGUUCUUGCUUAAUUAUUUCAAUAAUCAUGAGAAGUAAUGAAUGAAUAUGCAUUAUCAGUUUGUGCUGCUAAUGUGGCUAGACUACUUACCUAAUUUUGGUACUGAUUAUUGCAUUGCUUGUGCUGCUGUUGUAUGCCGUUAUGCUCAUGCUCUGUACAUUAGCUACUAUUAUAUAUAUAUAUAUGAAAAUUUCAUUAAAAAAAAAAAAAAAAGAA